AUGCUCCCUUCAGAAGCCGCUGAGCCCGACGACCACGUCGCCGUCGACGUGGCGGCAGACGCUCCGGACGUCAAGGUACAGAUCGGCCGCCCCAGCAGGUGGCUUCUGCUUCUCGCCGCCAUCGUCUCGUUGGUGCUCGCCGUCGUCGUCGGCGCCCUGCUUGUGCCUCCGGAGCCGGACGACAGCAUCUCGCAUCGUGCCACUCGCGUCUGGAGGGCUCUGGUGGCGGCUGUG